AUGAAUGAUUUACCAUAUGCUGCUGACGUUGAGGCCUCCCUCUCAGCCGAAGAAUUGAAUGUAUUACGAAGACAAUAUGAUCGCGAAGUUCAAGAGGGUGACGUUACCACACAAACCAAAUUUAAUUAUGCUUGGGGUUUAAUUAAAGGUCGAAGAGCUUCCGACCAACAACUUGGUGUGUCUCUUUUAUCAGAAAUAUUUAAUGAUAUUCCUGAACGUCGUCGCGAAUGCCUUUAUUAUUUAGCAUUAGGUUGUUUCAAGUUAGGUAAAUACACAGAAGCCAGAGAUUAUAAUGAUAGAUUGCUAAAGAUGGAACCUAAAAAUUUACAGGCUCAAAGUUUAAAAGAGCUCAUAAAACAAAAACUUGAAAAAGAUGGAAUUGUGGGUAUGGCUAUUAUAGGUGGAGUUGUAGCUGUUAGUGCAUUGAUCGUAGGCACAAUUUUCAAUAAAAAUAAACGGUAA